CGCUAGCGGUCCUCCUCUCCGACAGGGGGCGUGUGGUGGCGGGCGGGUGCCGGUCUCCGAGCGACAGCCCCUGGGCUCCAGCGAGGAGGAGGUCCGGAUCAUGGCGACUCAAGUCAGCGAGCUAGAGGCCGCCAAGAAAACCCUGACGGAAGCGCUGGGGGAGAACGUGAAGCAAUAUUGGGCAAACUUAAAACUUUGGUUCAAGCAAAAGAUAAGUAAAGAGGAGUUUGAUUUGGAAGCCAGGAGGCUCCUUACUCAUGAUAAUGUGCAUUCCCAUAAUGAUUUCUUGCUUGCGAUCCUCACUCGAUGUCAGAUUAUGGUUUCAGCUCCAGAAGGUACGUCCUCUCUACUGUGGAACAGUCAAUCAGCUGCUAAACCUGGUAAACCUAAAAGCAAAAAAAAGUUUCCAUCACUUCGGGCAAAAUUUGAACAUCGUUUUCAAGCACAGAAUCCUUUAUCAGGGGCACAACACUUCGUGGUAAAGGAUCCCCAAGAGGAGGAUGAUGUAAAGUUUUGUACUCAUACUAUGGUGCUUCCCACAAGAGGGCAAUUAGAAGGUCGGAUGAUAGUAACAGCAUAUGAAUGUGGAUUGGAUAAUGUCUCUGAAGAUGCUGUGACAGCAGUGGUGCAUGCAUUGGAGAAUCAUCUGAAGGACAUCUUGACCGCAGUGAUAUCCAGGAGGAGAUCAUACCGAUUACGUGAUGGUCAUUUUAAGUAUGCGUUUGGAAGUAGUAUUAAUCCCCAACCAUAUCUAAAGAACAGCAUUAUUGCAUAUAACAACAUUAUUGACUGCCCCCCUCCUGGUAUGCCCUUAGCUACUGGACAGAACCCAGGUCCUCACAUCUCAUCAGAUGAUGCGGAACAGCAGGCAGCCCUCCUUUUGGCCUGUUCUGGUGAAGAUAUGCUAGCUGCUCUACCGCCUGUGAACAUGUAUGAUCUUCUUGGAGCCCUCCAGGUACACAGGGAAGUGAUACCAGCACACACAGUCUAUGCCUUGAAUAUAGAAAGGAUAUUGGCUAGACUCUGGCACCCGAGCCAUGAGGAGUUAGAGCAGGACAAGAUCCACCGACAAAGACUGGCAGUCAAAGAGGGUCUUGUUUGUUGAUGGUUGAGGCCAGUUUCUGGAGCUCAGAACAUGUUUUGCAUCCACAGCUAAGGAAUAAGAUAAUUACUGAUCUAAGUUAGAUCCCUCAUCAACCAUCAUUUUGUGUCUAUACCAUCAAUGGAUAAUCCCUACACUAGUAAGCAUUAUUGCCAGUACCUAAUGAUAAAUGUGAAUUUAAAGAAUGGAAGAUGUUGCUUCAGGUUGACAGUUUCGAUAAAAUAUUCACAAUAAAUUUUGUAGAAAUGUGUUUGCCUUUCAGCCAUUAAGGUACCUGCAUUGUUGUCAUGCAUUACAAAAAUUGGUAUGGCCAAAUUUGCCUUGGGUGAUCUGCUUUGAGGUUGCCACAUGUGAUAUUUGUCUACUGAUGUUCUCAAUUUCCCUAUUCAUAUUUUCAUAUUUCCUUGCAACAGAGGUGGUGACCAUUUGACCCAGCAAGUCAAUGCUGACCAUCAGAUCAAUCCCAUUCCCCCAUUUAUUUCCCUGUAACUUAUUCUUUGGCACAUGCCCAUUAGCACACCCUGAUUCUCCCACCAGCCACCUACUCAAAGGGUAAUUUAUAGUUGCCAAGUAACCAAACAACCAGCAUGUCUUUGGGAUAUGGCAGGAAACCCAUGCAAUCGCAUGGAGAAAUGUAAAUUCCACACAGAGAGCCCCUGAGGUUUGGAUCGAACCCAGGUCUCUGGAACUGUACUUCCUGCAGUGCCACUCUGCCACCCUAUGGUAGCAGAGACAUUGAUUCUAAAGUAAACUGGUUUGGUACUCUGCUGGUCGAGGUAGAGAUUGGAAUUUCACACAAAACAGGUUGAGCAAGGAUUUGCUGCAAGCUUGCCAAGAACUUAAAGGCCGGAGUGGUUUGCCUUUUGUGUUUAAUGUCUUUCAACUAAUGUGAAGAAAUAACUUUGCUAGUUAGCUCCUGAUUCCUCUUUGCUCUUGCUAGUUUUUCCAGAAACAUUUUAAUUGAAAGAAAAUAUACUUAUACACAAGCAAAAUGUGUAUAUGCAUGAUUAUCAAUGCAUUGUAAUAACAACAUGGAAUAAGUUUAUUUUUAUACAAUAAGAAAUUGAGAUUUAAUCUGUAUAAUACAGGUGCUUUUUGUAUACAGUUUUUUUACAUUUUUGUUUUACAUGUUUGUGUAUUUAUAAUUUUGUAGUUGAUGUGGAAAAAUGCUGUAGUCAAUUCAUUUAAAUAUCAAUAAAGCCAGAUGUCAUUUAGGUUAUGUUGAAAAGCUUCCAAGCAUUAAUCUCUGAAUUUGGAAUAUACAACUAUAAACUGAUUGAUU